AUGGUUAAGGUGUUCUUCGGGAUACCAUACGCCUCACCACCAAUAGGUGAUAACCGCUGGUGUCCACCGAAACCAGCUAAACCCUGGGCUCCGUCAGUAUUACAGGCAACAAAACCACCACCUGGAUGUUACCAGCAUUGCGAUUUACCGCCAUAUACAUGUCCAGACUCGGUCAGUGAAGACUGUUUGUAUUUGACAGUUUUUACUCCGCUGACCGCUGUCAAUGGGUCAAAGUUCCCAGUGAUGAUGUUUAUACACGGAGGAAACUUCAUAACUGGAAGUGGAUACACGGAGCUGACAGAUGGGCGGUUCAUGUCGAAUUAUACUAACACAGUUACUGUGUUUAUCAACUACAGAUUAGGAGCGUUUGGAUUUUUGGUUGCUGGUACCAAAAGUGACGCUGCUAUUGGUAACUAUGGCAUCAUGGAUCAACGUGCGGCGAUGGAUUGGAUCCAGUCUAACAUCGAGGCAUUUGGUGGAGACCCCGAUAAGGUUACAAUAUUUGGUCAAAGUGCAGGAUCUCAAUCAGUCGCCAUUCACUUAGCUACGGACAAGAGCAAACACCUUUUUCAUCGCGCCAUCAUAGAGAGUUUCCCAUAUUCAGUGCCCUUCAAGACACCCUGGGAGGCAGUCAUUCUUGGAAAUGACCUCGCAGACGAUCUUAACUGCACACAUGGUGAUAUGAAGUGUCUUCGAUCUGCGUCACCAGAAAGUGUCUACGCAGCACAGGGCCAAAGUGGAGGAGUGAUCAUAAAUCCGUUACGUUUGCUAGAAGAAUUCGAACCAUGGGGCCCUGUCGUUGAUGGUAAAGACAUUACAAAACAAUCAGUGGAUUCGUUCAUGAAAGGAGAAUACCAAGAUAAACCGAUAAUGAUGGGAACCACAUCUGACGAAGCCAGAAUUUAUAUAUUUGGGGCAUUCCCUGAUCCAGCAAAUAUUAUACAGGUAUAUGAAUUCGUACUGGCAGUAUUUCCAACACACUUUUUUAAAGUGAUAGAAGAGUAUCCGCCGGGGCCUCCGGGCAGCGACCAAAGAGAGCCGCUCUCGACUGCUGCCCACCAUUUCGUAUUUGCCUGUCCUACACGCGCUGCUUUACGCGGAGUCGCCAGGCACGGUAACAACAAAGUGUGGAUGUAUCUGUAUGACCACGUGAUGUCAUUCCACAAAGCUUGGGGACCAUCCUGGGAGAGCAUGUGUACCACUCAUGUAUGUCAUGGUGCCGAACUACCGUUUGUUUUCCAUACAGCUACUAACGGCGGUUAUAAUUAUACACCAGAUGAACUCGUUUUAACCGAUACCAUGCUAUACUACUGGACCAACUUUGCGCAUACCGGUAAUCCAAACAACGGACAAACUAAAAAGAGCGCCACCAGCUAUGUUCACAAUAGAUUACAAAACUGGCCAGAAUACUCAAAUUCAAGUAAUUGGAGUUACAUGCAUUUUACGACACCGAGUCGUGUUGAUAAAGAUUACCUGAGCAAAAAGUGUGAUUUCUGGGAUACACUGGAUGUAUAUUCCCGAAAAUAUCGCAUUCUUCAUAAGUCUUGUCAGUGA